AUGGCUGGUGCGCUUCCUAGACGAAUUAUUAAAGAGACCCAAAGAUUGUUAGCAGAUCCAGUUCCAGGAAUAUCUGCAAAUCCAGACGAGUCAAAUGCUAGAUAUUUUCAUGUGAUGAUUGCUGGACCAGAUGAGUCACCAUUUGCUGGCGGUGUCUUCAAGCUUGAAUUAUUUUUACCGGAAGAAUAUCCAAUGGCAGCACCAAAAGUCAGAUUUAUGACCAAGAUCUAUCAUCCAAAUAUUGAUAAGCUUGGCAGAAUUUGUUUGGAUAUUUUGAAAGACAAAUGGUCACCAGCUCUUCAGAUUCGAACUGUUUUGUUGUCAAUCCAAGCAUUGUUGUCGGCACCAAAUCCAGAAGUGAGUUUAUAAGGAUUAUUGUUCUGAAAAUAACUUUCUUUGAUUUUCAGGAUCCAUUGGCAACAGAUGUUGCUGAACAAUGGAAAACAAACGAGGCCGAAGCAAUCAAGACUGCUAAACAAUGGACUCUCGCCUAUGCACGUACGUUUUUGAGAGAGAAAAACUUGUAAUAAAUUCGAGAAUGUCAGUAGUUUUGACUAAAAAUUUAAAAGAAAAUUAAUUCUGCAGUAAAUACUGCCAAAAUCGGACAAAUCAAUCAGUAAUUUUAAUUUUUCAGAAGCAUAA